AUGACGCAGCCUUCAGCGUCGUCGAAGUAUUUGGCCGAGUUCAUUGGAACCUUUCUGCUGAUCUUCACUGUGGAGUGCAACGUUUUGGUGGGAUCACCUCUCUUUGCUGGCCUCUCAAUAGGCACGGUGCUCUUUGUGGUGAUCCAGGCGUUAGGAGGCAUCAGCGGUGGCAACUUCAACCCGGCUGUGUCAGUGGCCUUGGGUUGUGUCAAGAGCUUGAAUGGCCCUGGCAUGGACUGGAAGGAGGUGGGUAUCUAUUGCGCAGCGCAGAUUGCUGCUGGGGUCGCCGCUGCUGUGACCGCUGCAAUCAUGUUGGGCAAGUCCGCUUCUGUAGAAGUAAGCAAAGGCUAUACUCUUCUUUCAGCAUGCUUAUGCGAGUUCUUUUACACGUUUAUGCUAUGUUUUGUCGUCCUCAAUGUGGCAGCGGCAAAAAAGAACAAGGAUGAAAAAGGCCAAUAUUUUGCACUCGCAAUUGGUUUCUGUGUAGUGGCUGGUGCUUAUGGUGCCGGAGUGAUCUCUGGCGGUGCUUUCAACCCUGCCGUGGCAAUCGCGUUGGACAUCACCAGCGUCAGAGGAGGCUUUGGUUAUUGCUUGAUCUAUGGUGUUUUCGAGCUCCUGGGGGCAGCAGUGGCCGCCUUCCUCUUCAGCAAGGUACGACCAACGGACUUCGGGAUUCAAUUGAGUGCCGGCAGGAUCACGGAGCAGCUGCUUAGUGAGUUCUUGGGGGUCUUCAUCUUGGUUCUCACAGUCUCCUGCAACAUAUUGGGAGGAUCCGAGGCUGCUGCUUUCAGCAUAGCCUGCUCUUUGUGCGCCAUGAUCUAUGCCCUCGGGGAUAUAUCUGGGGGUCAUUUCAACCCUGCUGUCAGCUGUGCGGUCUUCUUCUCUGGCCGUGACAAUACCUUCACAGCUAAGAAGGCCGCUCUUUAUGGGGUGGUCCAAGUGCUGUCCGGGACCACUGCGGCGAUCAUUGCGGUGGGCAUGUUUGGCCGCGAAUUUGGCAGGUUUGGACCAAAAGGGUCAUAUCACCUGACACAGGCUUUGCUUGGAGAGUUGAUUUUCACAUUCUUGUUGGCCUACGUGGUCCUUUGUGUUGCCGUCUCCUCGGUGACGAAGAGCUCUCAGUUCUUUGGCUUAGCCAUUGGCUUUUGCGUGGUGGUGGGCGGCUUUGCCAUGGGCAACGUUUCAGGCGGUGCAUUGAAUCCUGCCGUUUCUGUGGGCCUCGCUCUGUCGGGCAGCGGUUUUGUCAGCAGCGUGGCCUAUGCUUUGGUGGAGCUGUUGGCCGGGCUGCUCGCUGCCACAACCUUCAAGGUCACGCACCAGGCUGAGCUGGAAACCCAAGAGGCCAAAGCGAUCACCGAAGCCCCUUGA